CCUUCCUCCCAACGCCGCCGAACCUCUUCGCGGACAGAGCACCACGAAGACCCAGCCCCAGCACCACCCUCGCACCCAGGCGUAGCAGUCUAGCAGAGCACCCACUGACCCGGCAGAGCACCCACUGACCCAGGCGUAGCAGUGUUUCUGGCCACCCAGGCACCCACAACACAGCACUUCGCAAUCUCCCACCCACAACACAGCAGCCACCGGUUGGCCCUCUUCCAGUGCUCUUCCUCCUUCCCAUCCACUUGACUUCAGGCACAGCGCCGCCCCGUCCCCCAGCUCUCUCACUCUCACCUCGGUUCACCGCCACCGCACGCUCACCUCCGUCGCCACGCCUCUCACCGGAUCCACCUCACGCUCGCGUCUCCUCCGCUCGUCAUCCCUCGCGUGCUCCCUCUGCCUCGUAUUCUGCUUGUCCGCCAUCACUGCACCCAACGGUCUGUCCAGGUCUCUGCCCGCUCCGCACCAUUGAAGUUUGAUUGAGAAUGGCGGAAGAUAAUAACGAAGUCACACAAACAUUUAAGGAUUUGGGAUUAUCUGAGGAAUUGGUGGAAACUUGUGAUAAAUUAGGUUGGAAAAAUCCAUUGAAGAUACAAUCAGAAGCGAUUCCUCUUGCACUACAAGGAAAAGAUGUGAUUGGACUCGCCCAAACGGGUUCUGGAAAAACUGGAGCUUUUGCACUUCCCAUAUUGCAUGCCCUCUUAGAAGCGCCACGCCCCAAUGAUUUCUUCGCAUGUGUGUUGUCUCCCACAAGAGAACUUGCUAUUCAAAUUGCUGAGCAGUUUGAAGCUUUAGGGUCUGGGAUCGGUGUCAAGUGUGCUGUGCUUGUUGGAGGGAUCGACAUGGUACAGCAAUCCAUCAAGAUAGCAAAGCAGCCUCAUAUUAUUGUCGGAACACCAGGACGCGUUUUAGAUCACCUCAAAAACACCAAGGGAUUUUCUCUUAAUAGAUUAAAAUAUUUGGUCCUAGAUGAGGCGGACAGGCUGUUGAAUGAGGACUUUGAGGAAUCACUUAAUGAGAUUAUACAAUUGAUUCCUCGUGAGCGGAGAACAUUUCUGUUUUCUGCUACAAUGACUAAGAAGGUCCAAAAGCUCCAAAGAGUUUGUUUAAGGAAUCCUGUGAAGAUUGAAGCAGCCUCUAAGUAUUCUACUGUUGACACACUGAAGCAGCAAUAUCGUUUCUUACCUGCCAAACACAAGGAUUGCUACCUUGUAUACAUUCUCACUGAAAUGGCUGGAAGUACAUCAAUGGUGUUCACUCGUACAUGUGAUUCAACUCGUCUUCUUGCUUUGAUUCUUAGUAAUCUUGGUCUAAAAGCCAUCCCAAUUAAUGGUCAUAUGACCCAGUCAAAAAGGCUUGGAGCCUUGAAUUUAUUCAAGUCUGGGGCUCGCAAUAUUCUCAUUUGUACUGAUGUAGCUAGUAGAGGAUUGGAUAUUCCAACAGUAGAUGUUGUGAUUAACUAUGACAUCCCCACAAACUCCAAAGAUUAUAUACAUCGUGUAGGAAGGACUGCUCGUGCAGGGCGUUCUGGGGUUGCAAUUUCCCUUGUGAACCAAUAUGAGCUGGAGUGGUACAUUCAAAUAGAGAAACUUAUAGGCAAGAAGCUACCAGAAUAUCCUGCACAAGAAGAGGAAGUUCUACUUUUGGAA